AUGACUUCCAUCGUUACUGCAAGGAUCAACUACUGGGACAAGAUACCAGCGGGGUACGUGGUGUUCAACAUCGAGGUGUCGUUUCGAGGGUCUAACUGGGUGAUCGAGAAGCGGUUCAAUGACUUCGUUACGCUUCACCAAGGGCUUUCGCGGGAGUUCAGAGACACGGACUUGGGGCCGCUGCCUAAAAGGAGAUUCUUCAACAGAUUCGAUCCAGAUUUUUUGAACGAGCGAAGCCAGGACUUGCAGGCGUUUCUGGGGAGAGCGCUAGUGAAGAUCCAGGUCACCAACAGCGACUCUAUGCUUAGCUUCUUAGAGGUCGGGAAGAACGUCCAGAUCGAAGCGCCCGAUGACGACCCAAACAGCGACUACGACGAUCUCGUUGCAGAGUACGAAGAGCGCGAAACACAACGUCUUGAGGACUUAGUGCAGACCUUCCAGGACCGCAUGAUAGAUAGCCAGAGCAUAAGAGUGGAGCCGCGAAACGAUGUGGAGGUGGAGGCGCGAAGGCAGAAGCUGCUCCAGGCCUGCAACGGGUUUAGAGAGCACGACGAUCACCUCAAGAAGUUCUUGAAUCCCAGCCCGAAUCCGCAAGUCCAGAACGUCGAUCAGGCGAUCGACACCGUCAACUUUGUCCACGACCAGAACUUCGAGAACAACGUGGUUGGCGCGUCGAUAGACUUGUCAAGCAAACUCCAGACGUCAGCCCUAACGCAGACGCAAUAUCAUGGCGGACACGGCUUGGUCACGUCCAUGGGCAACAUAUAGAACCACCCCCCGCGUACCACGCCUUGCUGGCGAGCCAGGUUCCAGCAAGGAAGCACAACGGGAUACGGGGUGGGGGCUGCAGGGUGGAGGCGGGGCGCAAGGAAGGGAGCUGUGUACGGCGACUCUCUGGAGGGUAACUGACUACCAUGGUAUGGUUCUGCAUUCCGUGGACAUCCUCGGCGCGUUCCGUGUAAGGUUUUGAUGACGCUCGAGGCCGUGUGUGGCGACUCUCUGGAGGGUUGGCUUACUACCAUGGUAUGGUCUUGCAUUCCGUGGACAUCCUCGGCGCGUUCCGUGAGAGGCUUUGACGGUCAGCGGGAUGAGUAUGGGUGUUUUGACUGCGUGUGUGGUGUGUCGUUUGGAAGAAGCGGUAAGGGCGCAUAGCCCUCUCUGUAUCUCUCUCUGUUCACCUCCCCCCCCCCCCCUUUGUUUUGAGUUUGUUCACGCGGGGAGGGAGCGGUGCCCCCUGGCUGUCUGUCCAUGUGGGUAAAAACGCAAGCUAAAAUGUGUUGG